AUGGGUGUUGCCAUGGGAAAGUAAUAAGCCUUUCAAGGAAACCAUAAGAGGAAGCUUUGUUUCUUUUCCAAAAUUCAACUGCCAGUUCUUCUUCACUAUCAUGCAAUGGAUUCUAUAAACUUCAUUGCCCUUAUUCUUUACAUUCUUAUAUUAUUCAUCACUCUUGCCAGUGCUCAGCAGCUGUUUUGCUACGAAACAGGAAACUUCACAACCAACAGCACCUAUGCCCAGAAUCGUGGCCGCCUCCUCUCUGCUCUUGCUUCAAAUAUCACAGAAAAUAUUAGUUUCUACACUACCUCAGUUGGCCAAGGCAGCGAUACUGUAUACGGUCUUGUGCUUUGCAGGGUAGACUCUUCUUCAGAAGCUUGUUCCAACUGUGUCAAUUAUGGGAUUCAAAAUCUCAUAUCAAACUGUCCUAACCAGAAAGAAGCAAUUUCAUGGGGAGGGGGCACUGAUGUUCCUCCCUGUAUUAUUCGGUAUGCUAAUCGCUAUAUUGUUGGAAGAUUGGAGCUAGAUCCUUCCAAUUCUGGAUACAACGUCGACAACCUGCCAUCGAAUAUUGGACAGUUUGAUGAAAUCUGGAGCAGUUUGAUGGAACGAGUUGGAACAAAAGCUUCCAUGGGCUCAUCAAAGAUAAAGUUCGCAACUGGAGAAGCCAAUUACACAACACUUCAAACCAUAUAUGUAAUGAUGCAGUGUACACCUGAUCUCUCCCAGAGUUAUUGUAGUUAUUGCCUGCAGCAAGCUGUGGGUGACUAUAGAGCUUGUUGCCUUGGAAAGAGAGGAGGUUAUGUUCUCAAACCAAGCUGCUGGUUCCGGUGGGAUCUAUACCCCUUCUACGAAUCCACUGCUGCUGAUGCUCCACAGGCAUCUCUUCCACCUCCACCGACAACAACAGUUGCAAAAGGUAAAAGAGGUAUUCAGUCUGGUACUGUCGUGAUUACCGUUGUUCCUGCGGUCAGCUUUCUGUUGCUUGUUACAUUCAUGUACAUCCUUUUCAGGAGAAGGAAACCAAGGCAGCGGAGGGAAAAUGUUUGUGAGGGAAAUGAUGAAAGUACUGCUGAAUCCUUGCAAUUCGACAUUGAGGCUAUAAGGGUAGCAACAAAUAAUUUCUCUGGUGAUAAUAAGCUUGGAGAAGGUGGAUUUGGCACUGUUUAUAAGGGUAGACUUCCUGAUGGACCAGCUAUCGCUGUGAAGAGGUGGUCAAGAAAUUCUUCACAAGGAGAAGUUGAAUUUAAAAAUGAGGUCCUAUUAGUGGCCAUGCUUCAACACAGGAACUUGGUUAGGCUCCUAGGUUUCUGCUUGCAGGAAAGAGAAAAGCUUCUCAUCUAUGAGUUUGUUCCCAAUUUAAGCCUUGACCAUUACAUAUUUGAUUCAAUUAGGCGAUUGCUACUGGAUUGGAACAAGAGAUAUAAAAUCAUAGAAGGCAUAGCUCGAGGAAUUCUUUACCUUCAUCAAGAUUCUCGAACACGGAUUAUUCAUCGUGAUCUCAAAGCUAGUAAUAUUCUAUUAGAUGAACAAAUGAAUCCUAAAAUUUCUGAUUUUGGAAUAGCAAGAUUGCUUCCAUUGGAUCAAUCUCAAGAUGCUACACGUAGAAUUAUGGGGACCUAUGGGUAUAUGCCUCCAGAGUAUGCAAUGCAUGGGCGAUUCUCUAUGAAAUCUGAUGUAUUUAGCUUUGGUGUGCUUGUUUUGGAAAUAAUGAGCGGUCAAAAGGUUAGCUGUUUCAGAAAUGGAGAAGUGGAUGAAAACCUCUUUACCUAUGCGUGGAGAAGUUGGAAUGAAGGAACGCCAUUAAAUCUGAUAGAUGCUAUUCCAUUAAGUGUUGGCUCAAGAAAUGAAAUGAUAAGAUGUAUCCAUGUUGGGUUACUAUGUGUUCAAGAAGAUGUGACAAGGAGACCUGCUAUGGAUUCGGUUAUUCUCAUGCUUAGCAGUCACUCUGUCUCCCUCCCACUACCCUCAAGACCUGCAUAUUUUAUGCACAGUAUCGUUGAGGAAGAGCCACAAGCAUCACCACCUAAUCCAGAAAUGAAUGCGGUAGAUAAAUCAAGAAACGAGGUUUCACUUAGCGAACAAGUUCCCCGAUGAUACUUGAAGAUGAUAAAGAUCGUAACAUAUAAUCAUGUUUUGAUUUUUAAUUUCAUCAUAACACUGAAUUUUUGGUGAAUUUCAGCAUUUUUCUGUCCUUGGCUUGAAACUGAUUUAUGUAUAUACAAUCAUUAUAAUCAUUAAUUAUAAUAAUAUGAA